GGCCGACAACAGGCGGCAGAAGCUCGUGAAUGGACGGGUGGUCUGCUCUUAGACAUGGACAGAAUCUCAACCUCUACUCCAGAAACUACCAGCAGACGCGGUAGACCGUUCAGAUAACGUCCGCAGUGAGUGUCGUGUGGUGGAGGACAGCAGUCGUUCCGUUGUCCCGUCAACCCUCCGGUUUUUCUUACGAGUAGUGUUUAGUUAGUAGGUUUAUAUAGCUUUGGGCUCUAAGAACUUCAACCACAUACAAGCCCAGCUUACACGUACAGUGACUUUUGUGUGCCAUUUGCUGCCAGCUGUCCUUGAGCAAAACUGCUAUCCAGCCAUUAGUUGCUGUAUCUAUCGUAUCACCUCUUCUGGAAGUGGUGCAGAGCAGUAUGUCUGUACUUGUGGAACACAAGGAGAACACCACUCCCGACAAUAGCAGGCCUAAUUGUGGGGGACCCCCAUCUUCAACUUCUGUAAUAAAGAGAGGUGUGAGAGAGAGACAGAAAGUUGAGAGCUCUGCCGAGUCAAGGGCUCCAGGGGAUGGAGCAAAGAAGAUGAACAUUAUGGCAGUGGAGAGGGUUGACCCUGGUCUGUGUGACAUACUGUCCACCGUGCCUCAGGUGGUGCUCUAUCAGUAUGAGAGCAACUCCAACACAUGGGAGCGGACAUCGAUUGAGGGGACGCUGUUCAUUUACAGCAGGUGUCCUCUGUGCGUCGGUUUAUGUGUAUGUGUCUCCAGGACCUCUGCUCUAAGUCAUGGGUUCGUGCUGCUCAACAGACUCAGCAGUGACAACUUGCAGGAGAUGGUCCACCCGGGGUCAGAGUACAGAGUUCAGGGCCAGUUUGUCCUCUUCAAGAAGCACUCGGAUGCAGAUAAGGUGUAUGGUCUGUGUUUCUCUACCCCCCUCCUCUCCUCCACUAAUGGCUAUCUCCUCACCAGUCUCAGCAACCAGGCUGGUACCAGUAAUGGAGCUGGCCACAGGAGUGCUCCACUCAGUGUCGGUAUGCGAAGCCAGAGUGUCCCCUCCUUCCCUCAAUCUCAGGGUGGCGGAUCCAGCUUACUUGGAGAGAGGGUGGACAUCAUGGAGCUGUUGGAAAGUGCAGGCAAUUCCUACCUCAAUCAGGCCUUCAGUGACGAAACAGGCAGUAGUAGUCAGGACAGUCCUCCUCCCAGUGAGGGCAUCUCCUUCAAUGCACACCCUUUUACCUCGUCACACUCCAACGAUGGGGUACACCCCACCAACGUUGACAAAACCCCCUCCUCGUCCUCCGUCCACCAUCACAGGGGGGCGAGUGAGAAAUCCAUCAAGAGAAGCACUCCGCGGACCAUGCCUAAACUGGUCAACAUGAGCACCACGCCACCCUCUGCUGCCGUCACUAACCCUCCCUCCUCUUCCUCAUCCUCUUCCCGUCUUCACUCUCACCUCGUUCAGAGUGAGGUCCAGUACAGCAGUCGGGCAGCCAAGAAUUCCGUCUCAAAACAGACACCCACAUCUCGUCAUACAUCAUCGUCGUCGUCUUCCGUGACUCAGCCCACGGCGCAGCGGAUGACCCCGAGAGGUGAACCCACUACCACCAAGAGCCCGCUCCGAUCCUCCACUGCCCCUGGCCACAUGGGUCACCACAGGAAGCUCCACGUUCCUCCACCCACCAUGGGUACUGCUGGCUCAACCCGAGGCCCUUCCUCCAGCCUACUGCAGGAGGUAAUCCCAGAACAACAACAGCAGCCUCUUGCAAGACAGCUAUUUGAGGCUCCCUCUACCACAACUCAAACUACCAGAGAGAGGAGUUCUACUUCUUCCACUACCACUGCCGAGUCUUCGAAGACAUCUGCCGCUCAUCUAGAGACCCUCUUCUCUCAGUCUCUUCCUGCCUCCUUUGCCGUCAGUUCCACCUCGGACAAGGCCCCGCCCACCCAGCCCAUGAUGUCGCUGGCUGAGGUUGAGAAACAGAUGAAGGACGAGGCGGUGUCCAGUCUGCAGAGGGCCCCUAGUUCCUUUGCCACGUUCCCCCUCCCUCACUAUCUCGCCAAUCUCCCGUUAUCUUCCCAACUCACCUCAUCACAAUCCUCACAACCUCCCCAUUUUCAAUCCCCAUCCUCACAGCCCUCAAGAAACUCUAACAUUGUCACCACAGACCCACUUCCACUCUCGUCAUCAUCCCCACCAGUCGACACAACGUCUGGCGAGGGGCAUCACGUUCUGCUACAGCCAUCCUCGUUCUCGACUGCCACGCCCCCUUCCCGAGCAAAGACCACACCCCUGAUUACCCAUACUGCUACGGGUAGAGAUACAACCCAAUCAGCUACUUUUCACACUGCCACUUCUACUACACCAGUGACUCCAAUGGUACAGCGUUCUUUCACUACAGACUUGGUUCAGCUAAACAUCGAGCCUCCCAGUCCAAUUGUAAGCAGCUCCCAGUCUCUCCAAGCUCGCAGGGGGUUGUUAACGAACGGGGUCUUCCCCGAUGUCCCUCCACUCAUGCACUCUCCCGGAAUGCGAGCUCCGCCGGUCUCCAGUGGGCCUGGUAGUGAGAACCACUCUAGCAAGACUGGUAGGGGGAAACGUGGAAAGGGAGGAGACGGGAGUGGCAGGAGAGGUAGGAGG